GAUAGAUACAAACGACUUGUUCUCUGAUAAAUCUCCUUAUAGGGAUUUCAGUGGUUGUGCUGCUACCCCCGUCGCCUUCUCCUUGUGCCACAUGAUUCCAUUGACGAGUGCCCCGAUUCAUGUCAGACACACAUAUGUAAUCUGCUGCUGAAAUAUAAUAUAUUAAAAAUUUAUUCCUAUUCGAAUAAAGCCCUCUCCUCUCUUGCUGCCCUCUCGAGAAACCCAGAGCUUUUUGGGUAUUCCGACAUCGAGUCGAAGACAGUGUUGAUAAGCUGCCUCUGAAGUGUGUUGGCCUUUGCAUUUGCGCGAAAUUAGAUCAUCAAAAUGGCUCCGAAGGCAUUAGACUACGAGUCGCUGAACGAAAACGUGAAGAAGUGUCAGUAUGCCGUAAGGGGAGAGCUGUAUCUCCGAGCUUCUGAGCUUCAGAAAGAAGGGAAAAAGAUUAUUUUCACGAAUGUUGGGAACCCUCACGCUUUGGGACAGAAACCAUUGACUUUUCCUCGACAGGUUGUUGCACUCUGCCAAGCACCAUUUCUACUGGAUGAUCCAAAUGUUGGAAUGCUAUUCCCUGCUGAUGCUAUUGCAAGAGCUAAGCAUUACCUUUCCCUGACUUCAGGCGGCCUCGGUGCUUACAGUGACUCAAGAGGCCUUCCUGGAGUUAGGAAGGAGGUUGCCGAGUUCAUCGAAAGACGUGAUGGGUAUCCGAGUGACCCAGAGCUCAUAUUUCUCACUGAUGGAGCUAGCAAAGGUGUAAUGCAAAUCUUGAAUUGUAUUAUACGUGGCCAGAGUGAUGGGGUUCUAGUCCCAGUCCCACAGUAUCCACUGUAUUCAGCUACCAUAUCUCUGCUUGGUGGUUCUCUUGUUCCAUAUUAUCUUGAGGAGACUGAAAACUGGGGACUUGAUGUUAAUAACCUCCGUGAAUCUGUUGCUAAAGCCCGUUCUAAUGGCAUAACUGUAAGAGCAAUGGUGAUCAUUAAUCCAGGAAACCCAACAGGACAGUGUCUGAGUGAAGCUAACUUAAGAGAGAUAUUGAAGUUUUGUUACGAAGAGAAGCUGGUUCUUAUGGGAGACGAGGUUUAUCAGCAGAACAUAUACCAGGAUGAGCGUCCCUUUAUCAGUUCCAAGAAGGUGUUGAUGGAUAUGGGACCACCGGUUAGCCGGGAAGUUCAGCUCAUCUCUUUCCACACUGUCUCGAAGGGAUAUUGGGGCGAAUGUGGGCAACGUGGUGGUUACUUUGAGAUGACAAACAUCCCUCCCCGGACUGUUGAGGAGAUCUAUAAGGUUGCAUCGAUUGCCCUCAGUCCUAACGUCCCGGCUCAGAUAUUUAUGGGUUUGAUGGUAUCCCCUCCGAACCCCGGAGACAUUUCCUAUGAGCAGUUCAUCCGAGAAAGCAAGGGGAUACUGGAAUCGUUGAGAAGAAGAGCAAGGAUUAUGACAGACGGAUUCAACAGCUGCAAAAACGUGGUCUGUAACUUCACCGAAGGUGCAAUGUACUCGUUCCCUCAAAUAAAGUUGCCGGCAAGAGCCAUAGAAGCGGCCAGACAAGCUGGAAAAGUGCCGGACGUUUUCUACUGCCUAAAGCUCUUGGAAGCCACUGGCAUCUCCACAGUCCCUGGCUCUGGUUUUGGACAGAAAGAAGGGGUGUUUCAUCUGAGGACGACGAUUCUGCCGGCGGAGGAAGAAAUGCCGGAGAUAAUGGACAGUUUCAAGAAGUUCAACGAUGAGUUCAUGUCUCAAUACGAAGAUAACUUUGGAUACUCCAGAAUGUGAACAAGUGGUGGGUUUCAGUUCACAUGUCUUCAGUCAGUUCCUUCUUCUUCUUCUUCUUCUUCUUCCGACAUUAUUGUCUAUAUCAAGAUUCCGUGUUGCCUCCGGCAAAAGCCACUCUUCUUCCUAAAAACUCUGUUAAACUCUUUAAAUGGUUAUAUCUGUUCCACCGAA